AUUAACUUCUUUUAUAAAUAUUUAUAAUGAAACAUAGCCAUUAAAAUUAAAUCAAAUAAAUACGUUUCUAGUAAAAAAUAUAAUUAAAAUUAAUAUCAUAAACAUUUUAGUGCUGUUAUUUUAUUUACGUUUAUUAGUAUUUUCAGUACUGCCACUCGAACGGCCGAAGAAGUAAUAUCGUACGCAAUCGGUGAUAUUUACAAUUAUUAUUUUGCUACUGUUUUGGUAUUGAACAAGGUGAAUUGUAUAUUUUUUAGUUCACAAAAGAGUACCAAAUGCGGAAAACUAUUGAAUAAUGCAAGAUCUUAUCAUAAACUAAAAAUGUUAUUAUAAUUGUUGAAGUCGGCAUAGUGGCUAUAGUUGUCAAAAUAUGGUCGUAUGUUUCGCCUGAACAGAUAAGUGGUGAUGUGUGAGCAAAUUGAAACGAAUUAUUUGGACGGGGAAGUGGUAUGGGUGAAACUGGGAUCAUGCUGGUGGCCCGGCGAAGUGGUGGGCCCUGAGAAGCUCCCCCCAGAUGUCCUGCCGUCAUUUCGAAAGCCACCCAUUGCGGUGGUAAAGUUUUAUCAAGAAGAUACAUAUGAAUAUGUCAAGAAUCAGAAUUCGAUCUUUAAGUACAACUGCAGUCGUAAAAAUGAAUUUAUUAAUAAGGGAUUGUACAUGUAUCGAACAAAACAUGGUCACAUGGAAAAGUUUCCUGAAGAUGUUAUCCGGGCUGAAACAGCAGUGGGAGGCGACAUUGAAAUCCUCACACGAGAAGAAUUCCAAGAGCCUAAAAAGGAGAGUUAUGCAGGACUUUUCGGUGAUUCUGCUAAGAAAACACCUGGAUUUGCAAAAAGAGGCAAAGGCAGGCCAAGGCUUACUUCAGAAUCAUCGAGAACCCCAGUUAGAAAGAUUAAAGAAAAAACAGAUUACAAAGUUCACAUUCUCCUACAAGGAUCAAACACACCCUCCAGUCAAACAGCAGAACCUUCUUUAACACCUUCUACUAGCAGAGUAGAGUCUGAAGACACAGAGCAGACAGAAACAAAUCAAGAGCAGCCACAAACUCAGGAAAAGCCCACUGUAUCCGCCCCGUCAACUCCUGUCGCCUCAAGUGCUGGUGGAAUUUAUUCUUGUCAUGCUUGUUCCUUUUCCACAACUCGCCUUAAUGUUCUUAUUUUACAUAACAAAACUCAUAGUGUUAGCUUCACACCUUACACACCAUCUCCAGUAAGAAAAAAACCAGCAAAACCAACUUCCAAGGCAACACCAACUACUUCGAAAACACCAAAAGUUAAACGCCCUCGAAAGGAGACGCCUGAAGGAAGUUCUAAGAAAUCAUCACAAGCUAAAAAACGCGUAUCAGAAGAUGCCAAGAAAACCAACACAGAAGCCAAAAAAGCUAAAACAGAUGAAGAAAUAAAGAGUAGUCUUUUAGCAGAUUGGGAUGACGUAGAAGAUGAAGAGUCAAAUGAUGACUCUUCUGCUAUGGUAAUGGCUGGAUCACCUGAAGUAGCAGUUGCGGCCGAGUCGCCUGCAGUACCAACCCCAGCCGAAUUGCCAAGUGCACAAGUACCAGGAGAUAUUUCGCCCCCAGUAAGCGAUAAAGCUGAGCCUUCUAGUGAUUCAAAAUACGAAUUUUGUGAAGACGAAGACUGGUCACUUGAAGCAGAUGCUGGUCGAAAAAUUCCUCGUGUUACAAAUCCAUCCAAACGAAAAGAAGAUGCUAAGAGCCUUAGCAUAGAUGAAGAUGAUGUUGCAAGAGAGGUAGCAGAGUUAUUGAAUAAAACAACAGUGCCUGAAUUGCCAUCAGUACCAGAUUCGUUGAAUGUAGAGGAAAAUUUUCCUGAGCCCUCUAUUGUAAAAUCUCCGGACAAAAAAUAUGAUGAACCUGAACCUUCAAAAAGUUCAGAAAAAGUGCCUAUAGAAACAGCACCAAUGAAAGCAAUUUUUAAAACGAAAACAUUUUUUCGUAGCCGACACUCAAGAAGUCAAGAUGCAAUAGGGAAAUAUGUGGCAGAACAACUAAAUGCUGUUGAAAGAAUGGAUAUGUCAGAAGGUGAAAUUAAUGGAUCUGAAGCGGUUUCUUCACCCGAAGCGAGAGAUUCACCGCCUAUUGAACCAGUCAAAGUUGCCAGAUUGGCACCCAAAAUACAACUUAAAAAAAUGAAAGCUGAAGCUGCUUUGCAGCAAAGAGAAAAAGAAAAACACAAAGAACUGGAAACUGUCAAAAACAAAGAAAUAACACAAGAUGUAACUGUCUGUUCAAAUGUUACCCCACCUGUGUUAAGUGUUGCGGAUAAUAAAUCACAAGAAGCUAUAAUAGAGAACUGCGACGUGAAAAAUAAUGAAAUAGACAGUAAUUUACCUAAAACAAUUCAGGAUGUUUUAUAUCCUACACAAGAAAUAAAGCCAGUAAAUGAAGAAACCUCUGAUAAAAGCCUCAUCAUGAGUCAUGAAAAUAAAGAAAAUGUAGUCAAGAUGCUCAAGCGCACACCGGAAUCGAAAGAUACUUUUAUAGAUACUGAAGAUGAUAAGAUAGAAACACCUUUUACAGAAAUAUCUGCUGAAAUUGACAAUGAACCAUCUGCUGUUGAAAAGUCUCUCCAUCAGUCUAUCGAACCAUAUAUGAAUGAGUCCACUGCAUCUGCUGUUGACGCUUUAUUGAGUGUUUCUCGAGACGCGGACAGAGUCACUAGAGUGAUCAGUAACGAUCUUCCUGAAGAGUUAUUUGAAGAUGACAACAAAGAUAGCAUUGCGAAUAACUCAGUCAAUGGUUUAAAUGAAAUAAUAGAUGAAAGCAAUGCCACUAAAAAUGUAGAAAAUAAACAAAAUGAAAUUAACUUUAGUAAAGAUCUGCAAAUAGAUUUUAAUGAAGACAACAAUUCAAACACCAAUGUUAAUAAUACAAUUCAAAAUGAAGAAGAUAAUAAGAGUAUUAACGAUAAAGUGGUUUCAAAUUUCAACAAUGAACAACCUGAAGACGUUAAGAUACUUAUGAAAUUGCACACCGAAAAUGUUCCGUCUGAAUCAGAUCUUCAGAUUGCAGAAACCCUUCUUAAUUUACCAUCAACAACAAUACAAAGUAAAAAUGUAGCAGAUCAUCAAGAAAUAGUAGAAUCACCAUCGCAAGUGGAAUCUGAAGUUUGUACAGAAAUGAUGGAAACUCAGGAGGAUAUGGAAGUAGAUAGCCAGGUUUACGAUAUACCUGAAGAAACCAAGGAUUUAAAUGCAACUAAUAAAACUGAAACUAUUUUGAAUAACGACAACACAAAAUUACGCUUUGAAACAGAGCAAGAAAAAACAGAAAAUGCAUUAAAUGCCGCUCAAUCAUUGGUACAAAUGUCAGAAUCUAUAGACCACAAAAUGAAUAUUGUGGAAUCAAACAUAACUAAGAACGAAAAACCAAUUUCGGAAACAUACAAGGCAAACCAGAAAAAUGGGACUGACAAGGUAGAACAAAGUGUAGAACAGAAAGUGUCUUUAUUAUCUACAGAUAAUACUAACGAGCCAGUACCAAUUAAAUCAGCGAAGAAAUUUGAGACAACAUCAUCGAAACUUUUAAAAAUUUUAGAAGAACCAAUUCCAACAAAGCUCGCAAUUCCUAAAGCUUUAACCACUGCAAAACAAAUUAUAAUUCCUGGGAAAGAAAAGAUUCUUAAUUUUGACGUCGCCAAAUCAUUAUCAGGGAAAAGUCAAUCUCCAGUAAUAAUUCGACGUGCAGCUGCUAACAAAACGUUACUUAAUAACCUUGGGGAGUUAACGGGAGAUAAAAUAAUCCUGUCCCGGAGUAACAAACCACAAGACGGAUCUUCAGUUCAAACAUACACAAUGCAGGCAGCACCAGAAACUUCAAAGGAUUCCAAUACUAUCACUAUAAUACAACAAAAGAUAAGAAAAGUGCCCAAAACUCCUACAAAAUUACAAAAAGGAAAAUUUCAGACCAAUUCUAAUUCUCUUGUCAAUCCACAACCUGAACCUAAAAUAUUAAACGAAGCUGCUAAUGACGAUGCCAUGUUUGACAUAAACUCUAUGCCAAUAGUUUUAUCUGAUGAUCUCUUAACACCAGAAAGCAUUGAGAAAAUGCCUAUUGUAAUGUCUGACGGCAACCUAAUCCCAAAUACUGUAAACCCACCUAAACUAGUUAAAACAAAGCAGACUGUUGUGGAAACCGAAAAGAUUUCAGUUACUACUGGACCAAGUAAGCCUGAAGUGAAAACGUUACUAAUGAAUCCCGUAACCGAAGUUAGUAAGAUUACUACCCCAAAUAUAUUAUCAAAAUCGUCAAAAUUACGCGGUGGUGCUAAACCUAUGUUAGUUAUCGAUAAGACGACAGGAGCUAAGAAAAUUAUUGUAACGAAAACUGAGCCGCCUGUCAAAGAAAUUAAACAAGCUCCUACAAUAAUACAGCAAGUGACUCAAAACACAGGAAAAGGCGAGAAGUUUAUAAUAUUGCCUACAACAAACUCUCCUCGGCCAGGGCGGCCGCAAAAGAUAGUAAUUGAUCCGCAAACAGGGAAAGCGCACGUGUUAGUGUCUAAGGGGCCCGAACCAACGAUCUCGAUUCCCGAAAAUAAACCUGUGUCGGCUAAGUUGAUACCGUCGUCUUCGUCGAACGCCAAUGCACCCGGUAAUACAGUUAUGAUCAUCACGAACGCUCAGGGAGCGCAGUCGAGGAUAGUCCUCACUCCGGAACACGAGAAAAUUCUGUUUCCGAACAAGCAACAGCCGAAUAUGUCACAAUUGAAAGCUAUUGCUCAAAGGGCGUCACCCAGCUCUGCUAAUGUACAAAAAACUAUAAUAAACACAUCGGCGGCUGUGAAAACACAAACGAAGAUAGUUCCAAAACAAAAGAGCACCAUAAUCACUUCAAAGGGCCAAUUGAUUGUCGGUGGCCGAGUCACCAGCACCGCACAGAGUGUACCCACAAUGCAAGAAAUACGCCCCAGUCCCAAACGGAUCCUAGCCGCCGAACCCAAGAAAGUCAUUCAAAAACCUGCAUCUGAACCGUUGAUAUUUUUGCAACAAAAAUCCGGUGCCGUUGUGCAAUUGACGGCGUCACAAUUUGAGCACUUCAAAAGAACAGGUCAAAUUGUGCAGAAAACGCCAGCUCCGGUCGCCGAAAACAAGAUCAUAGUCCAAAAAACUAAAACUAUAUCACCAAACGAAACGUCGAAGCCUAGAAUUAGGAAAACGGCUACCGAGUCGCCGAUGCCCCCGAAAAAAUUAAGGCAGGAGAUAGCGAUCGCGCCCGCGCCCGCUCCCGCUCCCUCAUUGGCGCCCGUGCCCGCGCUCGCCGCGCUCUCCAACAGCGGCAACCCCGCCUCCCUGCUGCAAGCCACGCACUCCGCCGGCGGCACCAUCGCGACAUCCACGUACCCAGAUUUAGACAACUUCGAGGAGCUGCUGCCGUCGACCGCUAUAGUGCGAUCGACAGAGCCGGUCCCGCGAGUGGAGGUACCGUCCCCGGCGCUGCGACAGGAAGUGCCUGCGCCCGCGCCGCCGCGACCGGAAGCGCCCGCGGCCGCAACACAGGAAGUUCCCGAGCCCGCCCCCGCGCCUCUCUCCGACGGCCAACUGCUGGCGGUGCCUGGAGAGCACUUUGGCGGGCCCCCCGGUUCUUUCUACCUUUGCGUUGAAGAAAAUGGAACUCUCACGCCGAUAGAUAACCGACCAUUAGUACUCGAGAACAAUCAGUUGGUUCCGAUGGCGGUCGAGCCGUUACCCGUUCUCGCCCCUCAACCCGAGCGCAGAGACAUACUGGAGGCGGCGCUCGCCAACAGCGACGUGUUCCACGCGGACACCCCGCGAGACGACGCGCCCGACUUCCGCGAUUUGAAUGCCAACGUCUCCGUUCACUGUCGCGUCUCGGAGACGAGUACGACUCUGAAUCAGCCGAUAAUGACGCCGGUCGAGGUGCCUUCGAAGGGCGACAGCGAGCCGACAGUCCCGUCGAACCUGGAGGACGGGCUCGCCGUCAUCGGCGUGACGCCACACACGGUGCCCACGUCUCUGGAGCUGCCGAUCACGGUGACGGACCCGCGGAUAGCGCCGAAAACGACGGACCCGCUCAGCGGGACGAACUACGGGACCACUUUAUUGCCGUCGCCUAAUACGGAGAUGACGUUCGUCACCACUGAGGAGGUGGAGAUGUCUACGGCGGGUCCGAUAUCGAUGCCGCUGUUGACGGACGACGAGUCGGUGGGGAAGUCGAUGCCGAUCCUGACGGACGAGGUGGCGGAGAGGACGGUGUCGUCACUGUCUUCGUCGUCGCUGGAGGCGCGCGAGGCGGAGGAGGAGGGCGCGUGGUCGCGGCGGCUGCUGACGCCGGGCUCCGACUCGUCGUCGUCGUCGGCGGAGAUCCCGCUGCAGCCCGCCAUACAGCUGUCCGUCAACGACCUCUCGCGACACAGUUAAACAUCGCACGCGGAGUGAACUCGGGGACGUGUGAGGUCCCGCCUUCAAUUUCAUAUAGCAACACCCAUAGACACAGAAAAUUCUACGAUUUCUGAUUUCACACGUUUCCAGUGUUUAUUGUGGUGUCGUUUUAAAAUUCAUUUAUAUAUCAAUUUUAUUUAUUGAUAGGCUUUGAAGUAAUUUUUUUUUCAUUAUAUUAUGUGCAAUGGAUUAAGUUUUAACAUUACUUUGCGGAUAAUGUUUGAUUAUCUUUGGGAGAUGUUACGCGUGACUUUGCCUCGUUGGAAAGAAUUGUUUUAACAGCGUUCAGUUGCUGUUGUGUUAAUGUUAAGAAAGUGAGCUUGUGUGCGUUUGAAACGCACCUGUGUAAAUGUACAUAGUCUAAACGCAAGUCUAUGUCUUAUUUCUACUUGAUUGAAAUAGGUAUAUUGCAUUAUUGCAUACAAAUUAAAAAUUACAAUUUGUACAUUUAAAUUGAAUUAUGAUAUUGUUGGAUCGUGACUGUAAUAUAUGAAAGUUAGGUAUAAAAUAUUUUUAUAACGAGUAGAUAACUGAUUGGCGUGCACGGGCAUGUCGGUGUACCUAGUGUACAAGCUGUGUGCUUUUGUGGUGUCACAGACACGUCUGUGGGACUUAAAGGGACUCUAGAUUCAGUUAUGUAAUAAUGAAUGACUAUAUCAUAAUUGUAGCGUUAAUGUUAAGUACAAUAUUGUUGAGGUAACUUUUAAACAUAUGUCUAAGGCACAUAUUGAUUUGUUUGAGUGAACUAUGUCAGAAUCUAGAUCGGACUAUGAAAAUGGAGUCUUAGUAAUUAACUUCUGUGUAGUUUCAAUAAAAUAAAUUUUAAUCAAAGUAAUGUUUUUAUUAUCUGUCCAACAUUCACAAUACAACAUUCAAGCGAAAUAAAACACUAUGGCAAGUUUAUUAUUGUUUACUUAGUAAAAAUUUUGGUAUUUUACAUAAACUGAAGAUAAAUUUUGUGGUAUUUGGUUUGAUAACAUAUAAAAUGCGAUAUAUUCAAAUUAUAUACAUUCAAUCACUUAGGUAGGAAUUUAUAUCACAACUCGCAAAAAUUAAAUCUCUACAAACUACACUAUGCACUACGGUAACAAUUGCUAAUUUAUAAAUUCGUAGUAUGAAAAUAGUUGCACUUUACAACAAAAAUAAAUGAAUGACACUUAAUUCUAUAAUACUUCAUCUAAGCUUGGAAACUUCGUUUCAAUAUUUCCGUUUUGUAUUUUUCAACAAAACAAAAAUAAGUUAUAACAACCUACAACAGUCAAUUGUUUAUUACUUACAUUAAUAUCUUUCGUACUUUCAUUUGUUUCAUAAAUUAAUCUUUUAAAUAUAACAUUGUACAAAGUGAAAAAAAACUAGUUACAUCAUUGAUUACGAUCACAAGUCAGGCGGUUUUGGUAAUUUUAUUCCCGCUCUCAUACCAGACUUUCUACAAAUUAAUUAGCCCAUGUAUGAUAUGAAUAGUGUUACAAAGUUAGAAUACAUCCAUAAGAUUUCGCAAUCUUGGAUUUUAUAGAUACAUAUUCGCACCAGAAAGAGAUACAUACUUUGUCAACUACUGCUUAUGCCAAGGAUAUGUUGAAAAGGGAAUAAUUAAUUUUUUUCUUAUCUAAAUUGCGUAAUAAAACAUACAUGUGCAUUGA